ACACACAAAUCAUAAUAUUAUUAUCAUUAUUAUGAUGAUUAUUAUUUAUGGAUGGACGCGGCGCUCCUUCUCCUGCUUCGUCACGACAAAUGGUUUUACCGAGCCGGUUCUUGUGCGGCGGACUUUUCAAGUCCACCAGGGGGGGGGUGUCAGUACGUGGUCACGUGGCCGCGCGGACAGCUGCCAGACACUCGGCGCCCUCCGACCGCUGGCCUUCACACACACUUUCGAGGGGCUGUGUGCGCUCGCCCUCUUCUCCAUUCCCGAUGGAUGUUCAGAGGCAACAGGGGCAGACGGCCGCGUGGCACCCGACGCAGAGCGCGACUCGUGCUGGGAACUCGCAGGAGUUGACGGUGGACGACGUGGAGGCGGCGCUCUACCGGCUGUAUUUCGACCCGGACAUGGAGCGCAAGAAUGCGGCCCAGAAGUGGCUCGGCGAGGCUCAGGCGUCCGCACAGGCGUGGCACUUCUGCUGGACCCUCUUAGGCCCGACCAAGGUCCCAGAGGUCCAGUUCUUUGGCGCCAGCACCCUCCACACCAAGAUCUCCUCUCACUGGAGCGACCUGCCUGCAGAGCAGCACGAGCAGCUGAGAGCGCAGCUCCUCUCCCACAUCUUGCACUUCUCGUCUGGGCCAAAAAUGGUGUUAACCAGGCUGUGUGUCGCACUGGCCUCUAUGGCCCUCAACUUAAUUCCCCACGUCUGGUCCCAGCCGGUUGCCGACAUGGUGCGAGCCUUCCGACCUCAGAGCCCCGAAGGCGCGAAGGCCACGCAGGAGCCUCGUCUGCACUGUCUGGCCCUGCUGGAGCUCCUGGUCGUACUUCCGGAGGAGUUCCGGAGCAGCCGCCUGACCCGGACUCGACGUGCCCAGUUGAGGGAAGCCCUGGCCGGGGAGUGGACCGCCGUGUGUCCGCUAUUGCGCCAGCUCCUCCAAAGCCGGGACUCGUCAGCCCCGGUGAAGGAGAAGGUUCUCCGCUGCCUGUCCAGCUGGGUGGGACUGGACGUGCCGCUCGGGGCCACGCGGGAACUCGUGCGGGAUUGCUUCGCGACUUUAUCCAACCCGGAGCUGUUUGACACCGCUGUCGAGACGAUUGUCAACGCCAUCUCGCAACCUGACUGCCGGAGGUACGGCAACGCUCUGAUGAGUCUAAUGCCUCGGGUUUUGGGUCUCCACGAUCAGCUGCGGACAGCGGCUCGGGCCGGGGACGCGGAGACGUCGCAUGGGAUUUGCCGAAUUGCUGUCGCUAUGGGCGAAACGCACUCCAGGGUUUUGUUGGAGCGAGUUGAGCGCUGGCAGGAGUUUCUGGCCUUGGUCAACAUGAUUCUGUUCUGUACCGGGAUUCCCGGUCAGUACCCGACCGGCGAGACGACCAGCUCCCUCACACUCACGUUCUGGUACACCCUGCAGGAUGACAUCUUGUCGUUUGAGGAGGAGAAGCAGGCCAUUUAUCUGCAAGUCUACAGGCCCGUUUACUUCCAGUUGGUGGAUGUGUUGCUACAUAAAUCCCGCUAUCCUUCCCAGGAAGACUACAACGCCUCCUGGUCUUCUGAUGACAAGGAGCAGUUUCGAAUCUACAGAGUGGACAUCGCGGACACGCUGAUGUACGUCUAUGAAAUGCUGGGAGCCGAGCUGCUCGGGAACCUUUACGAGCGUCUGGGCGGGCGGCUGACGGACCCCCAGCAGGCAGCGGGAUGGCAGGAAACAGAGGCUUUGCUGUUCGGCUUCCAGUCCAUAGCAGAGACCAUCGACGUCAACUACUCGGACGUCAUCCCGGGUCUUAUCGGCCUGAUCCCCAGAAUCGACAUCAGUAACGUCACGCUGGCUGACACAGUCGUGUACACCAUUGGUGCGAGGACUCCUACCACUAUAACAACGUUAUUCAGUCCUAUCACAGGUGUCACGCUUUUGACGGUGUCACGUAUCCGCCAAUGUUGCCAAGGAUCCCUGGCCGAGUGGCUGGCGGACCACCCGCUGAUGCUCGGGGCCACGUUACCCACGGUGCUGCGGGCUCUCGCGAGGCCCGAGCUCUCCGUGUCCAGUGUUUCCACUUUGAAGAGGAUCUGCAGGGAGUGCCGACACGACCUGGGGCCCUACGCUCGGGACGUUCUCGCCGUGUCCCAGGAUGUGCUGAUGAAAGAAAUCCAUAAGAGCAGCCAGUGCGCGUGGCUCAUGCAGGCUCUGGGCUUCCUGCUCUCCGCCCUGCCGGCGGACGACAUCCCGGGAAAGCUGCGCUCGCUCGUCGGCCCUCACGUCAGGCAGCUGGACGCGCUGGCCCGACAGGCGGCCGAUCCCGCCGAGAAAGCGGCUAUCGUUCGCAUCCUGGCGAUGUUGUCCGGCCUCUUCGGCGCCCUGGACGUCAACGGACACGCGGACGGCGCCGACGGCGCCUCGCCGCCUCCCCGUCCAAGCGCGCACAACCCAGUUGCGGUUGUACUACAGCAGUUGUACACGUUGAUCCAAAACAUCCUCAGCAAAUGGCUGGAGGACUCCGAGGUGGUGGAGGCAGUGUGCGCAUUAUUCCGUGAGUCCAUUGGAAGUCUCGGGCCGCUGGUGGCUCAGCUGAGUGAGACCCUGGGCCAGGCUUACAGCAGCUUCCCACAAGCGUCCGUGCUGGACCUGGCGUCUCAGAUGGUUCCCAUAUUUGCUGGAGACGAACGCCACAUCUCCUCCGUUCAAAGUCUGUGGACGACUCUUACCUCUUCCACACUGACAGUAUUUCAACAAGGCGUCAGGGAUCAUCCCGAUGUUGCAGAGUCCUUCAUGUACCUUCACGCUCAGAUUCUGAAACGAAAACCCGAUUUUUACCUGGACGCCGAUCAUCUGGAUGUGAAAGCACUUUUUUAUUGUGGAAUUCUGUCACUUCAAUUUCCUGAAACAGCCACAGUCAAAGCUGCCAGCGUCUUCUUUACGGAGUUCUUGCCUCGAUGUGAAGACGCGCCGUCUCUCGGCGAGGCGCUGCAGAGGGACGGAAAGCUCCUUACAGAGACCAUCCUGCAGGCCGUCGGCGGCGGAUCCCCUCGCGGUGUGACGGAUUUCUUCUCCGAGGUGCUUCUGAGUCUCAGCAGACAUUUCCCGGUUCCGCUGUCCCGAUGGCUCUCAGAAAGUCUGCGGUCGCCCGGAUUCCCCUCGGCGCACGUCUCGGCCGAGCAGAAACACAACUUCGCCGAGCAGCUUCUCGGGGAGCAAAGCAACAAGCGUGGCGUGAAGGAGAUGGUGAAGGAGUUCUCUCUGAUUUGCAGAGGCCUGCAGGGCUCCGGACGCUGUGAUCACUAGCCCACGUUUCCUCCCGUGACGCAUCCGCUGAGCUCAAAAACAGCAAGAUGCAACCGCUUUAGAGGACUCGAAGCAGAGCAUCCCUCGACUUCGAGGUGCCACGUCAGCAGAUUGAUUUUGGAUCAUCUUUGAUGUCCCUUUAUCGGCUUUGGGUCGAAAAUGUCGUUUUUCAAGCUAUUCUAGUUGCCCGGCAGUUGAGUUGAGACGGGCAGCUUUCUCAUUGAUAUUCCACAUGGAAAUAAGGCUUACUAUGAUUGGAUCCCUGAUCUUCUCUAUGGAAAUAUGGAAAACAGCUGAUCUUCUGGUAGAAAUAAGAUUUUGCUUGAGAAAAUAGA